CAGACGCUGACGGGGAAAACGCGUGGCGAAUAUAGAAACGUCCAAAAGAGACCGACCAAUUCAAAUAAACGGUCAAUUAAAAGAAGCGGUUUGAGUUGAAAAGAGGCGGGCACGUGGUGUGUUUUUCGUUGUGAUCGGACUGUUGCUGAGAUUCAGACGUGUAUAGAUCGUGUUCGGAUAAUCAUAACAAUAAUGGUGAAGGAGACGGAGUAUUACGAUGUGCUCGGCGUUAGUCCCACCGCUACGGAGGCUCAGAUUAAGAAAGCUUACUACAUCAAGGCACGACAAGUACAUCCAGAUAAGAACCCCAAUGAUCCUCAGGCUGCUCAUAAUUUCCAGGUGUUGGGAGAGGCAUACCAAGUGCUAAGUGAUCCAGGGCAACGUCAGGCCUAUGACACAUAUGGGAAGUCUGGUGUUUCUACUGAGAUCAUUGAUCCGGCGGCAAUAUUUGCUAUGCUUUUUGGGAGUGAACUUUUUGAAGAAUACAUAGGGCAGCUUGCUAUGGCCUCAAUGGCUUCACUUGAUAUUCUCUCUGAAGGAGAUCAGAUUGAUACUAAAAAGAUUAUUGAUAAAAUGAGGGCUGUUCAGAAAGAAAGAGAAGACAAGCUUGCUCAGAUUCUCAAGGACCGCCUCAACCUAUAUUUGACGAACAAAGACGCAUUUAUUAGCAAUGCUGAAGCUGAAGUAACAAGACUCUCAAAUGCAGCAUAUGGUGUGGAGAUGUUGAACACAAUCGGAUAUAUAUACGUAAGACAAGCGGCGAAAGAGCUUGGGAAGAAAGCUAUAUAUCUUGGUGUGCCAUUUGUUGCUGAAUGGUUUAGGACGAAAGGUCACUUGAUCAAAUCCCAAGUCACAGCUGCAACAGGCGCAUACGCUUUAUUCCAGCUGCAAGAGGAAAUGAAAAGGCAGCUAAGUGCUGAAGGCAAUCAUAGUGAGAAGGAACUUGAAGAGUACAUGAAGUCCCAUAAGAAAGUGAUGAUUGAUUCUCUGUGGAAACUUAAUGUUGCUGAUAUCGAAAGCACCAUCUCCCGUGUUUGUGAACUGGUUCUUCAAGAUCCCACUGCCAAGAGAGAGGAGCUUCGUGCAAGGGCAAAGGGGUUAAAAACUUUGGGGAAGAUCUUCCAGAAGAACAAGAUAGCCAGUGAGAGUGAUCCAUUAGUAAGAGCCGAACUUCACAAAAUAAACGGAAAUGGUCCAGACCGUGAUGAAGCAUCUCAUUCUACAUUUGGGCCUCAGGAACCGCAAAGCCCAUAUGUUGAAGCACCAAAGCUUGGAGAAGAGCAAUUCAACUAUUACUUUCCAAGGCCUGCGCCACCUCCGGGAGCGCAGAGACACUCUUGAAACUGGCAAAAAGGAUUAUAAAGAUCAUAAAAGAGAUUGUGAGAGGUGAUUUUUUCCCUUUUUGUGCUAAUAUUAUAUUUACAAAUUUAGAAGCUUUAUGCCUAUGACGAUAUAUAUAUAUUUGCAGGAAGCGGCGGUAAACAUUAUGUAAUUUUAAAUUACUGUUAGUAGAAUAUUGGAUGUUUGAAAAUCACAUGAAAUCUCAUUCUUGACAAUGUAUUAAUGUUUUCUUUAUAUAUAUGAUGAUGAUGUUUAGAGA